AUGGCAAGUGUUACUGCCUCGCAAUUACGGAGCUUCAAUUCUCUCCAGCGUCUGGAGCGGGAUGCGUUCGGGAAACGCAACCACUACCAUUUCGCCGUGAAGGCUCUUCCCGGAGUCCCAAGUGAAGCAGUAUUCUUUGCGAAUCCAUACAACAAACACCAUGAGUAUGAGCAGGCCAGGAUUAUUGUACCUUUGCUACUGGAGGCAUUCGUCAACCGAUUCGACGAGCCAGGCCUAAUUCCCCAGAUGGGAAGCAACAUGGAACCAUUCGCGCCGUUUACUUGGAGCACCACCGAUGAGAGCCUUGCGAAGGCUGUGUCUCGUAGGUGCCAGGAAAUUGGCAUCAGACGCGAUCUGUGUGAUGUUGGCGUCACUACCGCCGAAGAGCUUCGCAGUGCCGAGGCGUGCUGGACGAAGUGGAGCAUGGCCUUGGUGGAAGCAAUGGCUAUGUUUGAUCUCCCAGAUGACGGUGUCGAAAAUGUUGAGAUGAGCUGUGGGAAUUGUGGGUUUACUCCGUCCAUGGAUAAACCGCUGCAUCCGUGUUCUCAGUGCUUGCAAGUCUCAUAUUGCUCGAGGGAGUGUCAAACCGCAAACAGUGAGGCUCACCUCCGGGAAUGUGCGCCUGAAAUUGAUUGA